UUUUCUACCCAUAUUUCCUUUUCUUGCACAUUUUUCGUGCCAAAAUCUGAAUCUCCUAAUAACCAAGACUCUUAGCCCCUCCCUCUGCUCUCUCUCUCUCUCUCUCUCUCUCUGUGCAGUGCAAGUUGGUGUAACUACACACAGUUGUAAACUAGCUAGAACACAAGUCUUUUUUGCUCGUGUCUGCCCCCUAAUUUGUCCAUUAAUGUCCUUCAAACACAUAUAAACCCUCUUCCUCCUCCACUAAUCCAUGUCCCUUAUGCCCACUUAGACUUUCUUACUUCUUCUUCUCCUUCUAAGCUAAUAAUAUUCUCUUUCUCUCUGCUAUACCUAUACGAUCUUUCAUUGAAAUAAUGUACACUACUCCAAUGUUGUGGCAUUCGGAAUGUUCCUGAGGCAAUUUAUUCCGGCGGCUUUCCAUAUCUAAUUGGCAGCCAUAUAUAUAUAUAUAUAUAUCCUCUGCCGGAUGCCGGAGAAGAUGAGCAUAUCUGUAAAUGGGCAAUCACAGGUCCCGCCAGGCUUCCGGUUCCACCCAACAGAAGAGGAGCUCUUGCAAUACUACUUGAGGAAGAAGGUUUCCUGUGAGAAGAUUGAUUUGGAUGUCAUUCGCGACGUCGAUCUCAAUAAGCUCGAGCCAUGGGACAUUCAAGAGAUGUGUAGAAUAGGAAGCACGCCACAGAACGAUUGGUACUUCUUCAGCCACAAAGACAGGAAGUACCCAACUGGAACGAGAACCAAUAGGGCAACCGCGGCCGGGUUUUGGAAGGCCACAGGGCGUGACAAGGUGGUGUACAGCAACUCCCGGCGGAUUGGGAUGAGAAAGACUCUUGUCUUUUACAAAGGCCGAGCCCCUCACGGCCUUAAGUCCGAUUGGAUCAUGCACGAGUACAGACUGCUCGACGACAACCUCACCGACAACAUUAAUUCCAAUGUCACGACGACAACUCCCGCUGGUGCUGUCUCCGAUGCCACAGGAGAGGCAGCACAGGAAGAGGGAUGGGUGGUUUGUCGCAUCUUCAAGAAGAAAAAUUACCACAAAACCCCCGACAGCCCUGCAAAUUCAGCUAUCAAUCUGGACACUGCAACCCAAAUGCCUUCUUCUUCAACCGAUGAUGGGACGUUAGAGCAAAUGCUCCAUCGCGUGGAGAGAACCUGCAAACAAGAAGCCGAACCAAACUGCAGCCCAGGGUUUCUCAUUCCAAUCCAUGACUCGUUUUUGAAGCUUCCAACUCUAGAGAGCCCAAACUCUACAAGCCUCGGUGAAUUCAACAUGGUGAAUCAACAGGUAAAGGGAAGUGCUGAAUUCAACCCAGUACUCUAUCAGACGACGGACACAAGCCUCGGCGACUGGGCGGCUGUGGAUCGGCUUGUAGCGUCACAACUCAACGGCCAAAGUAGUGAUGAUCAGACGGCUAAGCUGCAGCUGCCUUGUUUUAAUGAUUCAACGAUGACUUUCUGCUCUCCGUCUUAUCAUGAUAUCCAAUUGCAGCGACCACUACAAUCAUCAUCCUUACUGUCGUCUAGCAGGCCUUUCCAUGGCACGCAGGAUCAUGAUAAUGGUGUUUUCAAUCUUUGGAGCUUCGCCGGAGCAUCCGGGUCAUCUGCCGACCCACUAUACCACACGUCCAACCCUCAUGUAUAACAGACCUGUUAAUAACAACAAUAUUGUCUCAAACAUAUAGUUAAUUAUGUUUAAUUAUGAUGUAAUAAUA